AUGUCCGAAUAUCAGCCAAGUUUAUUUGCUUUAAAUCCAAUGGGUUUCUCACCAUUGGAUGGUUCUAAAUCAACCAACGAAAAUGUAUCUGCUUCCACUUCUACUGCCAAACCAAUGGUUGGCCAAUUGAUUUUUGAUAAAUUCAUCAAGACUGAAGAGGAUCCAAUUAUCAAACAGGAUACCCCUUCGAACCUUGAUUUUGAUUUUGCUCUUCCACAAACGGCAACUGCACCUGAUGCCAAGACCGUUUUGCCAAUUCCGGAGCUAGAUGACGCUGUAGUGGAAUCUUUCUUUUCGUCAAGCACUGAUUCAACUCCAAUGUUUGAGUAUGAAAACCUAGAAGACAACUCUAAAGAAUGGACAUCCUUGUUUGACAAUGACAUUCCAGUUACCACUGACGAUGUUUCAUUGGCUGAUAAGGCAAUUGAAUCCACUGAAGAAGUUUCUCUGGUACCAUCCAAUCUGGAAGUCUCGACAACUUCAUUCUUACCCACUCCUGUUCUAGAAGAUGCUAAACUGACUCAAACAAGAAAGGUUAAGAAACCAAAUUCAGUCGUUAAGAAGUCACAUCAUGUUGGAAAGGAUGACGAAUCGAGACUGGAUCAUCUAGGUGUUGUUGCUUACAACCGCAAACAGCGUUCGAUUCCACUUUCUCCAAUUGUGCCCGAAUCCAGUGAUCCUGCUGCUCUAAAACGUGCUAGAAACACUGAAGCCGCCAGGCGUUCUCGUGCGAGAAAGUUGCAAAGAAUGAAACAACUUGAAGACAAGGUUGAAGAAUUGCUUUCGAAAAAUUAUCACUUGGAAAAUGAGGUUGCCAGAUUAAAGAAAUUAGUUGGCGAACGCUGA